UCGUCGACCAAUAUCUGCCCAUGCACUCUUGAACAGAUCGUACAAAAGAAUAUAAUAAAGAAUUAAUGAUUGUAUUGAAAGGAUUUACUCUACUGGCAUAGAGUAUUUGUAAUGAUUCGGCGACAACGAACGGAUUCACCAGAUGCUUCGAACAUGCCUUAUAUAUAUAUAUAUAUCAUCAUCAUGACGGAUUGUAGCAAAAUAUAUGAAGUUUGAGUCCAUAUGAACAAUGCGUUUAAAAUUAUACAUAAUGGAAAAGGAGUGUAUUUGACUUAAUCGGGUAGAAGAAAGUGGUUCCUCAAUUUUUUCUCCAGAUUUUUAGAAGUUGAUACAAAACGUAGAGAAAUCAGUCGCGCUAUCUAAAUAGAUGGAAAAUCGGAGUAGGACAAACGACUCGGACCUUUUGAGGGGAUCUGACACCCAAUUGGUUGACCUCCUAUACCCUCCUGUGCUCAUCAUUGUAGGAGUAACAUUCAAUAUUCUCAUCAUCGUAGUCAUGCGCACUAGAUACUUCAAGGAACAGUCCACUUCCGUUUUCAUGACAAUGGGAGCAGCCAACGAUACAGUGAGCUUCUUGGUUUCUAUGUUAACACAUUGGUUGUAUGUUUCAUUUCCGGGAGUUUACAACAAGGAGAAAGCUGGAUGGAUUUGUAAAUUUCUUGACUUUUAUGGUUGGGGAAAUUGUGAUUUGGGAAUUUUGAUUACUACGUCAAUGACGAUUGACCGAGCAUUCGCGAUCAGUUUUCCUCUGCGCAUGGCAAGUGGAAACAACGUUAAACGCGCGAAAAUUACCGUUGGUAUUAUGACAUUGAUUGUAGUAGCUAAAGAGUUCCAUUUUCUUAUUGGUUCUGAAAUGGUCGAUCCGGCCCAAACGGAACGUCUCUGCAAUGUGUUUACAACGACCGCUUCUUACAAAUACUUCUGGGAAAAUGUCUGGCCCUGGUUGCAUUUCUCCUUUCUUUUAAUUUGUUUUGCCAUUAUGACAAUAAGUAACGGUGUUCUUAUAUACUUCGUGUGGAAAUCAUCGAACAAUUUGGAUACAAGUGAUACAAAAAUUGUAAACAGGACAUCUUGCGGAUUCAAUGGCGCCCCUGGUGCCUCUACUAGUUCACAUCAGAAAGUAGACCAAAAAUUGCGAACGAUUACUCCGAUGCUAAUUGGAGAGUCAUGCGCAUUGCUACUUUUGACAUUUCCGUUCACAGUUCAAACGUUCUUUUCAGAGUACCAUCCUGCUUUCUAUCGUAAAAUCGAACCAAAGUUGUUAUUUUCUGUGACAUUUUACAUGUUAUAUACGAACAAAUGUAUCACAUUUAUAAUAUAUCUGAUAACUGGGUCAAGAUUUCGACAAGCUCUUCAAGAGUGCGCCAUUAUUUGUUUCAAAGGCAAAGGGGCGAUUCGAAGAAAAAGAUUUCAAGAACACUUCGUUUAUAAUGUAAAUAUUAUAAGAUCUGUAUCGGCAGGAAAAGACGAUUCAACUCUUUCGAUUAAAUCAUCAAAUCACAGAACACGUGGUGAACAUACCAUGCGUGACGAUAAGUCAAUCAUAGUAACACAUUUUUAAACAUUGUAUGUU